CUGGACUGCUCAAUUCUUUAUGGACAGGCUGUCUUCUCCACCUUGGGAGUCCGGUGCUCUUUCUGUUUCCGGGAAAAUGGCGGCGGCCUGGAGAACAGCCUUGGCGGCUCUUGCCCGAAGUCCUGUGAGGCGCGGGGUGUCCGUGCUCAGCCCUUCCAGGAACCAGAAGCGUGGGGUGGGCCUCCGGGUUGCAGCUGCCGCGCUGGUGGGAGGUGGCACGUCGGUGGGCUGUUACAGAAGAUGGAGCCGGCAGAAGGGGACCGGCGGCGUCAUGACAGUCGUCCUGGCUGCUCAGAAAGAAGACGACGAAGAGAUGGUAGAAAAGCUCUCCAUUCGGAAGAAACGCUUUAUGCAAUUUGCUUCCAUGGAAUAUGAAGGAGAAUAUUACAUGACUCCAAGGGAUUUCCUCUUUUCAGUGAUGUUUGACAAAUCAGGACGUAAAACUUUGGCCAAGAAACUGACAAAAAAGGAGGUAGAUUCUGCACUAGCAAAUGUUGUAAAGGCUAAACCAGGACCAACCUUUUUUAGAGACCUCGGAGAUAAAGGGUUGAUCUCCUACACAGAGUACCUGUUUUUGCUGACUAUACUCACAAAACCACAGACUGGAUUUCAUAUUGCUUUUAAAAUGUUGGAUGCAGAUGGGAAUGAACAAGUAGAGAAGAAAGAAUUCUUUAAGCUUCAGAAAAUAAUUGGGAAGCAAGAUGAGCUGAAGCCAUGUUCAAGAGACAAAGUAUUAUCUCAGGAGCCAGAACUAGAAGAUUCUGAUAUUAAUACCAUGUUGCUUGUCCAUUUCUUUGGAAGAGGAGGGAAAGAUAAACUUCAGUAUUCUGAAUUCUACAGAUUUAUGCAGAAUUUGCAAACAGAGGUGCAAGAAAUGGAAUUCAUCCAGUUUUCUAAAGGUCUGAACUUCAUGAGAAAAGAAGACUUUGUAGAAUGGUUGCUAUAUUUCACUGAUGAAGAAAACAAUGACGUUUAUUGGCAAAAUGUGAAAAAGAGAAUCCAGGCAGGAGAGAGUAUCAGUAUGGAAGAAUUUAAGACUUUCUGCCAGUUUACAAACCACCUAGAAGACUUUUCAAUUGCCUUGAAAAUGUUUACUGUAGCCAGCCGUCCUGUUAAACGCGCUGAGUUCAAAAGAGCUGUGAAAGUGGCUACAGGACAGGAGCUCUCAGACAACAUUUUGGACACCAUCUUCAAGAUCUUUGAUUUAGAUGGAGACAAUUGCCUCAGCUAUGCAGAGUUCUUGGGAGUUCUAAAGAACAGGAUGCAUCGUGGUUUAAGGGUACCUCAACAGCAAGGAAUACAAGGUUACUGGAAAUGUGUGAAAAGAGAAAGUAUUAAAGGAGCAAAAGAAGUCUGGAAGCAAGCUGGGAAAAGCCCUUGUUAAAUACACCAAUAAGAACGUCAUUUUAAAACUAUAAAUAAAUACCCGGGUUUGCUGCUUUCUUGAUGUAUUCUUGUUUACAUGUUGGUUUUAGUAGGUACAAUACAAUCAUUGUAUACAGUUAAGUAUGGAAUGCAUUUAUUUUCUCAUCGUGAUUUUACAGUAUUUAUCAAUUUAAUCAGUUUUGUCUUGGGGACAAUUAUGAUUUCCAGAUUUCAUAAUUCUGUGGUCUAAUUCCAGCUAGGACUGAAGUUCUCAGAAAAUGAUACUGUCAAAAUCCCUGUGUUGAUCAGAAUCUGCCUAGAAUUUAGUUUAUGUUGCAGAACACACACAAAAAGUCUUGUUGAUGAUGCUGGGAGAUGUAAAAUGCCCUCCUUCCUUAUAAGAGCUGGGGAAGGGGGGGAAACCAUGAAACCUACAAUUCCACAGUGAAUUUUUCAAGAUCAAUAGCCUUUUAAAAUCAUUAGUCACUCAUUAAUGGCCCUGUCAAUUUUACUAGUUCUGAAGGGAUUACAGGAUUGCAAUUUCAUCCAGUAUAUGUCACAAAUCAAAAUUUAAUACUAAAAUGCUAGGCAACAAAACUUUGUAGGUAUUGAAAUCUCUCUUGCCUAGGGAAGAUUGUUUCAUAUGUUAAUGAUAUUCUUGUAUAUUCCUGUAUAAGUGUUUCUAUUAAUUUAUACAAAUGUAUUUUUGUCUAUUAUGUAUUCAGUAGGAUUCUUGGUGUCUCUCACUCCAAACUGGAAAUAUGAACAUGUUUACAUAAACUAGGAAAUGUAAAAUCGUGUGAAUGUUAUAGACUAAAUGUUCUAUCCAGUUAAGUGAAAUGAAACAAUGGCCUCUUGAGUGGUUAUAAAUGAAAUGGCUUCUGAUCUUGCUUACCACCAGGAUUCAGUGUGUAAUCUUAUGACAAGUGGCAAACACAUUUGCUUUGUUUGCUACAGUUUUUGUAAUCACUUAAGUAGUCCACAGCCUAUGCUAAAGUAGUUCCAGGAGAAUAUAUCAAGGCGAAAAGCAGUCUAAAGACAGCAUAAAUAAAAAAUAUGUGCACAUAUAUCACUUGAAUACAAAUUGUGAGAAACAAACUCUUUAAUAUAGAGAUCAGCCACUAAAGGUCUCAGAGUAAAAUCUAGUCUGAUGAGGAGUAAUAGGUAGGCCCAGUAGCCAGUCCAGAGUAAUAAUAGCCAUUUAGUGGCUGUAGCAACGGGAUUUGCUGGCAAUUCACUUUGCGGAAUGGAGGAACUAGCCUACCAUUCUCCAUCGCCUCCUAAGAGUAGACCUGUAAAACUAUGUGCUGUCUAAGGCCAUAAGCCUUGAAAUGAGGAUCAGAAAUCAAAAUCUGCAUAUAGCAAAUAUCUUUAAACCUUGGCUUGCCUGUAAUUUGCUGUAUGAGUUAGUGCUGCCUAAAUACAUAAAUGCAUGUGUUUUGUAUGGAAGAGGUUAGUAUAAUUUUAUUUUUUGUAGAAUACCAGUGACUCAUAUAUAAGAUUACAUUUCCUUGGGCUGUUCCCUAAAAGUUGACAUUGUGCUUUUUAAAAUAAAUGCUUAUUAGUUCCAUCUCCAGGGCAGACACUUUAGGUUUCAAAAAUGGCUGCUUUCAGAGACAAAAUAUGUGCCUGUUGAACUCAGCGUGAAGCUUGCAAGACAUGGAACAAAUGGUAAACAAGAGGAAAAUUGUGUCUAUGUAACUCUCAGAUGCUUACCGUCAUAGUGGGGGGAGGGGAAAUAUUUUUUGUAAUGUUAAACAUAAAUUACAUAAAAAUAAAUAACUCCAUUUGUAUAUCACCCUGUUUUUGAGUACCAAGAGCCACCGAAAUAAAAGCUUCCAGAAGAGCUUUGGGGCCAACUACACAUUGUAUGUCAGCAUGCAUAACUGUGCUCCUUUAACCUUUUUUUUUUUUUUAAGCAAGGACAGUUGGAGAGGAGAGAACUUGAAGAAGUAACAGGGGAGGAAGAGGUGCUAAACUCUCUUUCCUGUCCAGUUUCUCUACUUCAAGUCUUCUGCUCAGUAGAUUCCUCCCCUACUCCUUUUUGCAGGUUCAAAAUGCAGUUAACAGCUUCUGUUAGGGCUGCUGGGCACUUUCCAGAUUACAUGCGACAACAGUGUCACUAUGUGUCCGUUAAGUGUACUUCCGUACUGCCUGUGUUUCAACAUCGCAGUCCCUGCACUGUCAGCAAGGUGCCGUUCACAUUUUGGAUGCCUUCUUUUGGGUUUUAUCUUUGUGUUGCAGUGCUACAACGUUGCCAAAAAAUAGCUGUAUUUUCCCAUUGUAGGAGGUUUGCACGAGCUAGAAAAGAUUGCUCCCCCUGCUGAUGGCUUAGCACAACAGUCUUUAUUUACAGUUUCAAUACGAUCCUGCCAAGCCGAAAUAAACUACCACUGUUGUAGCGUGUAAUCUGGAAAGUGCCUUGGAGACAUCUACAACUGGAAUGACCAGGUUGUAGCAUCCGACCCAGAGCUCCAAGACCAUCAGCUAAUCAUCACCUUUUGAACAUGACUCUGUGAGGCUGUUCUCACAAGCAGCCAAGCCAUUAGAACUGCCAGGAUCAAUGCAGAUCCUGACAAUGUCGUGGCACCAAACCCAGCACCGAAGCCCAGCUCUUAACCAAGGUUAAGGGUGCAAACUCUGAAGGUCAUGUUGCUAGAACAUUGUUCCUCUGCAAUAGCUCUGGUUUAGCCCCCACUAAUUUUUUGUCACUGUAGGAAUGUAAUAUGUUGGUCAUAGAGACAUAUGACCAUCUGCCCUUGACCUAGAAAUGCUACUUUUUCUUUUGGCCAUUCUGUUGCAAUGGCCAAAACCAUUGGUUUGGUAAUGACAAGUUAACCAUUAGUCAGUAACCACUACCUUACCAACUUCCAAGAAAAAACUCUGCAAUAUGUUCAUUCUUUCAAUCUGUACCCAGAGUUUUAUUAUAAGAAGCUUGAAGGGGGAACACCCACCUAGUUGUGCAUUCAAAUGCAUAGAUGGUAGUUAAAUCUCCAUUAUUGUUAAUGUUCCAUAAAUGUCCAGAUAGAAGCCAUCCUGUGAAAAGGAGUGUGGAGGGAGACAUGGGCCAUUGUUUGUGGUGCAGUCAAAUAAGAAAAGGCUUAGGUUUCCUUUAUUAAGAUCUCUCUCAGAACUUCCACAAUAGGAUGGUCUGGGUAGCAAGUAGGAUAAUGCUACAAUCCUGUGCCCAUUUAUUUAGAGGCAAGUACAGUUGUACUCAGUGCCAUGCAUUGGAUUGUGAUAUAAGUGCACUGAUAACCAGUGUCUCAUUCCAACACUCUAGUGGAUUUGGUCAAACUGUAAUGUCCAUUAUUCAUUCCAGGGAAGAAUUGUUGUUGUAAACUUAUGUGAGCUGACAAAUUUGGGGAUAUAAGAAGAUGCAGAUUUGUCUUUGCCAUGGUAGACAAAUAAUGCCAGUUCCGGCCUCCCGUUUUGCUAGCAUGAACAUGUGUUUAGGACCUCCUUAAAACUAGCGGUAUAAUGUUAGAACACCAAAAUUUUUAUUAACACAACACAACCCCUGUUGAUCUGCAUUUCCCAGGACAACAACUAACCCUACCCAUUUUAUCCUAUCUAAAUUCAGGAUUUAAUGAAUGCAAUUUAGCUCUGCCUUUAUAAUUGUGAGGGCUGAAAGUUGCUCUUGUACCUCCUUAUAUCCUAUGGGUUUUUCACUUUUUUGUUUUUAUACUUUGUGUGAUUUCUUUGUUUGCUAAUAAAUUUUUGAUUUGGAACCAUUUAACCUUUAA